UAUCAUCAUCUGCUACUAUUGUAAAUCCAUUAUCUACAUCUCCGUUAUCUGAAGAAAUAGUAAUACAAAAUUAUAUGAUGUCUGAUAAAGAAGAUCAACUCGAGAUAUUGGAGGAUGAAGAAGAAAGUGAUGAGGGAAACCAAAGCAGUUAUAUAAUGUCUGAUGAAUUGUUUAAUGAAGAUCAACUUGAAGUAUUGGAAGAUAAAGAGAAAGAUGAUGAAGGCAAUCAAGACAGUCAUAUAAUAUAUGAUGAACUAUUUAAUGAGGAUCAACUUGAAGUAUUGGAAGAUGAAGAAGAUGAUGAUGAAGAAGAUUUAAUCAAAGGUUUACGGCUUCUCCAAAUUAAGGAUAGAUAUAACAUCUCAGAUGCUGCAUUUAACGAAAUUCUUAAAGUUUUAGAAAUUCCUGAAACAUCUAUUUACAAACUUAGAAAGUUUCUUGGAAAAAUUAUCCCAUUGGAACUGAAUCUUAUAGAUUGUUGUGUCAACUCAUAUAUAGCAUUUACUGGGGAGCUUUCUAAUGAGAACCAAUGUCUAGAAUGUAAAGAAAAUCAUUCAGGUCUAAUCUGA